AUGAAUCCCUACAUAUCGAACCCAAAUCACAUCCCCAAGGCUGAUCCGUAUGCGGAUAUACCGCUCUAUGGCAGGUACCAUCCGAGCCCGGACGACUUCCGUGUCCAGGUCCAACAUGUCAACUCCAGCUCUGAAGAGUCUCUACGAUACUGGGCUACAGUGGUUGGACUCUGUACGGAAUCAAACAUGAUUUUCCCCGCAGACGACGGUCGCGAUGUUUUUGCCGUUGGCAGCGUCAUCGUCAAAUCAAGCCACCGACACCAACAUGCCAAGAUCGACUACUCCUACGCCGAUGCCAACGAAGUCCAGGCAAUUGCUAUUGCCAAGAGCGCCCUGAGGGGAGUCAGGAUCAAUGGUCGCGCCGUGUUGGUCCAAGAGAGACUCGCCGGCGUAUGUCUCAAUGUUGCAUUUCCGUAUCUAUCCGAGGACCAAAAGAAAUCCCUUAAGCUGCAAGCGCGGGAGAUACUUGGACAGUUGCAUGCCGUCAAGGCCCCAAGCAACCGUCAGACCCGUGACCAUGUCGUCCCGGACCCCAACAUCCUGACUAACGGCCGCUUGAAUCCCCGAGAGGCGCACAUUCUCUUCUCAGCCAACAUUGACCGGGACAUGAGCUUUAUGCACAAUGAUUUCACGCCAUCCAACUGCAUCGUUGACGACGACAAGAUCGUAGGACUCAUUGACUGGGAAAUGGCUGGAUACCUCGGCUGGAAUACAGCUGCGGAAGUCCAUCGAAAGAUUAGAUGUCCUCAAAGAGAACACUAUGUCCGCGCCAACAUCGGGGAGGAGGAGCUUCAAAACAUCAUGUGGUGGAAUGAUCUUUACGACGAUUCAAUGCCUGGAGCUUGA